AUGUGUAUUCAAUUAAGAGCAUGUACAAAUCAAAUUUUUCUAACAGUUGGAACUGUCCCCGUAUUCUUUCUGCCUUGCAUAGGAGGAUACCCCAGAGGAGUUUUAACUCUUUUAGGAAUGAGCACUUUCGUACAGUUCGUUAUUCAAGUAGCACUAGUGGCUAUAACAGGAUGGUUUGUUACCUUCUUGGCUCUUCUGAGAGUUUUCGCUGUUUCUAUUCGUUUGAGUGAGAAACGCAAAAUGUAUAUUCUCGAGAUAUUCUAUGCUUUUUUAAUUGUACAGUUCCUUAUAAUAUCCGUGUUUGCUCCACAAAUGAAAACAGAUAGGGAACAAGGUCGUAGAACGUGUGAAACGAAGUACAAUUUCACCCCUCCUCCGGAAAUAUAUUUCAACAAUGCCUUGUUUCUGACAUUUCGACCAGGAGAAGAUAUGACUUCUUUUCUUCUUGCAUGCGAUACUAUCGUUAUUUGCCUUACAUUAGGAACAACUGUAGUUGUCAGUGGAGGACUUCUGAUUAAAAGCCUAAAAACUAGGGUUAAUCAUAAGAGCUUAUCGAGAAUAGCUAUUCAUCAACGUAAACUCACCUUGGGCACUAUAUACUUUACUACAGUUGAGUUACUUGGACUGUGUAUACCAUCGUUUGCUAUCAUCAUGUCAAUCCUUUUCGAAAUCAAUAGUUCCAGUAUGUUCCAUCCUUUUUGA